ACCCACGCGUGCUCGUGCCAUCAAAGCAAUCCCACCCACCCAGUCGUGCUCGUGCUCGUCAGCAGAGCGGAGCCUCCCUGUGCCCAUGCGCGGUUCGCCAUGUUGAUAACACUAACAACAGCACCCAGAGAGAACGGCGGCGGAUGGUUGGAGGUUGGUCUUGAGGUUUUUCUCUCCAUUGUGCUAAACUUCCACUUUGAAUUUAACACCAGUUGCAAAGACAUCGCAACCCAGAUGAGUGUAGACCCCAUCGCGUCACAUACAGGUUACCUUCCAGGCAGUUGGGUUUGUGAACUUAUAGGUUUUCUCAGUUUGAUUUGGCUUGGGAACAACAGGCAGUGUGCCUUGGUGCACUGUGCACACAUUCCUACAGACACUCAUCCCCCCUUCCCUUUUUUCUUGUUUUUAAAUUAAGCACAGUGACUUUUCAAAGCGGUGGACGCCACAUAAUUAAAAUGUCCAUCACAAACACACCGACAAGCAACGAUGCUUGUUUGAGCAUCGUUCACAGCCUCAUGUGCCACAGGCAGGGUGGGGAGAGCGAGACCUUUGCCAAAAGGGCCAUUGAAAGCCUAGUGAAGAAGCUGAAGGAAAAGAAGGAUGAGCUGGACUCCCUCAUCACGGCUAUCACCACCAACGGAGCUCAUCCCAGCAAGUGUGUCACCAUACAGAGGACACUGGAUGGGAGGCUGCAGGUUGCUGGUCGGAAAGGGUUUCCCCAUGUUAUCUAUGCUCGUCUCUGGAGGUGGCCUGAUCUUCACAAAAAUGAACUGAAACACGUCAAAUACUGUCAGUAUGCCUUUGACCUGAAAUGUGACAAUGUCUGUGUCAACCCUUACCACUAUGAACGGGUUGUGUCACCUGGCAUAGACCUUUCAGGAUUGACAUUACAAAGUUCUGCUACCUCAGGCCUUCUAGUGAAAGAUGAGUUUCAUGAGUACGUGGAGGGGCCGCAGUCCCUGCCCAGUGAAGGGCACUUGAUUCAGACCAUUCAGCACCAGCCGAGCAGCCGGCCUGCCACUGAGGCCUACAACACACCAGCCAUGCUACCGCCUUCAGAGUCCAGUAGUUCCAGCUCCACCAACUUUCCCAACAUUCCUGUGGCUUCUUCAAGCCAGUCCAGCACUAUGUUACCAGGAAGCCACAGUGAUGGGCUGCUUCAGAUUGCUUCCGCUGCUCAGCCAGGAUCACAGCAAAAUGGUUUCCAGGCACAGCCUGCUACUUAUCACCACAACCCAACUUUAACCUGGUCAGGAAGCAGGACAGUAACAUAUACUCCCAACAUGCCCCACAACCAGAAUGGACAUCUCCAGCACCACCCACCCAUGCAACAUCCAGGGCACUAUUUCUCUUCUUUUCCAGGGCAAGUGCACAAUGAACUUGUUUUCCAGCCACCAAUAUCUAACCAUCCAGCUCCUGAGUACUGGUGCUCGAUUGCUUAUUUUGAGAUGGAUGUUCAGGUGGGGGAGACCUUCAAGGUGCCUUCAACCUGCCCCAUAGUCACCGUGGAUGGCUACGUAGAUCCAUCUGGAGGAGAUCGCUUUUGUCUGGGUCAGCUGUCCAACGUUCACAGGACAGAAGCCAUCGAGAGAGCCAGGUUGCACAUUGGAAAAGGUGUACAGCUGGAGUGUAAAGGAGAAGGAGAUGUCUGGGUCAGGUGUCUCAGUGAUCACGCUGUUUUUGUCCAGAGCUACUACUUGGAUAGGGAGGCUGGCCGAGCACCUGGGGAUGCAGUGCACAAGAUUUAUCCAAGCGCUUAUAUAAAGGUGUUUGACUUGCGGCAGUGCCAUCGGCAGAUGCAGCAGCAAGCUGCCACAGCGCAGGCUGCAGCUGCUGCUCAGGCUGCAGCAGUGGCUGGUAAUAUCCCUGGACCCGGCUCUGUUGGGGGAAUCGCUCCAGCUAUCAGUCUGUCUGCUGCGGCUGGGAUCGGCGUGGAUGACUUGCGGCGGUUGUGCAUCCUCCGAAUGAGCUUUGUCAAAGGCUGGGGGCCCGACUACCCACGACAGAGCAUCAAGGAGACCCCAUGCUGGAUCGAGAUUCACCUGCACCGUGCCCUGCAGCUUCUAGAUGAGGUCCUGCACACCAUGCCCAUCGCAGACCCUCAGCCUCUGGACUGAGCCCUACCGAGCCCGCACGUUGCAGGAGCCAGUUAGAACAGACUUACACAAAUUUAUGUCGUAACCCAGUGACGUAUUCAAUCCUCGAUCUCCAUAUUCCUUUACAAACCGAAGCUGCAAGUAGAAAUUACUAAACAAUAUUUUGAGCUUUGGUUUCAGGCUCUUGCUGUUUUCCUUCGCACCUAUCAUGUAAACAGGGCCUUGCUGUUUGUCUUACAAGACACCCGGACAAAUAGGAAGAAGCAAGCAUCCUGCUGGAUUUCUCCUGCCUGGCACUGAAAAAAAAUAAAAUCAAUAGAAUUUACAUCCCGCAACAAGCUCGUCAGUGUUUCAACCUUCAGCAGAAUGCCAUAUAAAAAACAGAUGCAGUUUCAAAUGUGUGAAGGGGGCCUACUUUUUUUUUUUUUUUUUGGGGGGGGGGGGGGGGGGGUAAAUAAAACCGUUAUUUUAGCACUUUAAUUUUUUUGGUUUUGUUUUGUGUUUUCUUAGAUUAAAAAAAAAAAAUUUGCUGAAAAGUUGUGCGCAUCUUUUAACUUAUGGAUCUGAUGGGUUUCUUCAGCAAAAGUUGAACUAUGCACACAUUUUGAGCAACAGAUUUAGAUAUGUAAAACAAAAAAAGGAAAAUAGAUAUAGUCAAUAGUCUAUUUUCCAGCACACAAUGCUGAUUCUAUUUUAACACUAAAAACAAAAUCAAAAACUAUUCUGUUUUGACUUUUCUAAUAUACUUUUAUUUUUUUUUAUCAUAAAGUACAGUAAUGGUGAGUGCAGGUACCUAGCGUUUCCUGGAUUAUAAGGGGGUGUGGGGGGUACAAAUAGCUUCACAAUUGGGCAAAUAUCAACUUUUUAAUGCAUGUUAAUGUUACAAUAAACUAUCGUAAUACACAUUUAGGUACCAGACUUCCUUUUUAAAAUUAAUCCCAAAAUAUUAACUUGUUUUCCUUUUUAUAUAAAAACAAUAAAAUGUGUUAACGUAA